UUCCAUUCUGCUUUCUCCCCCUCCGACGAGACCGAAAGACGCAGCGAAAGAUGCCUAACAACAACAACAACCGCUCACGGCCGCUGCAGCGGCCGCUCUUUUUGGUACUCCUUGGUGGUGGUCUGCUUCUCGCGGCAUCGGCACUUACCGCGCGCAACGUCUCCACCUCCCCCAAGCCGCGUGUAGGCGCUGCUUCUUCCAACUGCCCGUUGCUGCAAGCUUCGACGGCAGCGCCGCCGAUUCCCACGACAUCUCCCCACCACAGAGUCAAGACGGCCGAAACAGCUGCCGAACCAGGUCUUCUCGAGCCUACCGGCGUUCACCACCCGUUUCAUAGCUUGUCUCCACUAUCCGAGGCGAAGGCAUGGGCGGCGAGGGAAGGGCAGUACUUCAACGGCCUCAUCGAGGCCAACGGCGGCGCAUCGGUGUUCAAGGGGCAUCCGGGUCUCGCUGUCACGUUCUUGACAGAUCACGCCAGCUGCGAAUGGUUCCUCAGCCAGAACCAAGAUGUCUUGGAUCGGCAGGGUUGA